UUUGUUUUCAAAUAUGUUUUCUUCAGUCAAAUUCCCCUUAUUUUUCCUCUCCUCUUCCUCUUCCUCUUCCUUCUUCCUUUCAAUUUCUCCGUUCCAACAAAUCAAAUCAAAUCAAAUUCAUACACACACAUAUAUAUAUAUAUAUAUAUAUAUAAAGAGGGAAAGAGAGAGAGAGAGAGCAGCAAGCUCAAUCAAGCCUUGCUAACUCUCUUAAUCCACUGCUCUCUCUCUGCCCAUCCAUCCAUCCAUCCAUCCAUCCCUUCCUUUCCUAUAUACUAGUAAUAAAUACUAACUAUAAUUUGCAUUGCAUGGUUUCAUCAGUUUCAGAAGCAACUUUUAUGAGCCUUCUUCACCCAUGGAAAUGGAACUCUAAAUCUAAUCCCCCUCACUAUAGUUACUUCUUCUCCCCAUCCCCAUGUUUGCAUAGUCACUCAUUCUUCCAUUACCAUUACUUGCUCAAUACACAUAAUAAAUACUACAAUGGACAGUUUUGUUUCAGAGAGGGACGUGAAGAAUCUGGUGAGGGAGCUUAGUGAAGGCAGGGAACAAGCAAGGCAACUCCAAACCCACCUCAAUACAAAUCCAAAUGCAAAUGCAAAUUCCCAAUCCUCAUCUUCCUACGAAACUCGCGACUUUCUUCUCCAAAGAAUCAUCUCCUCCUACGACCAAGCCCUCUCCAUGCUCCAACACACUACUACUACUACUACUACAGCUACUACCACCACCGACCACCGACCACCAGACUCUCCCGCCACCGACGACUCCGACCAAGACCACCACACUAAUAAUAAUUCCAGGAAAAGAAAGGCCACACCACGGUGGACGCGGAAAGUCAAAGUGUCGCCGGAUUCUGCCAUCGAAGGGCAGCUGGACGACGGCUAUGGCUGGAGGAAGUACGGACAAAAAGACAUCCUAGGUGCAAAACACCCCAGAGGGUACUACCGAUGCACUAACAGGCACGGACAGGGCUGCAUGGCUACAAAGCAAGUCCAGAGAUCCGACGAGGAUCCGACCGUCUUCGUGAUCACCUACAGAAGGGAGCACACGUGCAACCCACGUGCAGGGACCAACCCACAACCCGAAGAACCAUUUUUCAACAUCCAAACAAGCCUUAGUAUCAUACCAACCAAUGAAAACCCAUUCCAUUUCUCUUCACCAGUCCCCAAUUACAACAACAACAACAAUAAUUCUAAUAACGAUCAGCAGCAGGGUCAAGACAGCAUUUUUGCAGAUUAUUUCCCACUUUCAACCACUUCUGUUUUGGACAGUAGUUUUGAUACACUAAUCCCAAACUUGAUGCACUCUUCAGAGUUCGAAUUAAGCCCAGUUAUUGCAGCCAUCACUUCGGGUACAAACACCCCUGCCUUUGGUACAAGCUUCCCCACCGCUUCGACAGGAACAGACUCCAAUUUCACUUUUGGACAUCAAGGAUAUUAUUAUCCUUAAAUCUUUUACUUCAAGGAGGUUAGAACAUAGCACAAAGGUAAUGUGUUCAAUUUUAUUUGUGUAGCCAAACUUUUGAGUUUAGUUGGAUUGUCUCCAAAUCUCAGAUUUGUACUCGUCAAUUAUACUGUUCUCCAUAGAUGCAUAAUAAUAAUAGUAAUAAUAAUCAAUGUGUUUAAUAAUAUAUACUGUUCUUCAACA